AUGAUAGACGAUUAAAUAAAAGACAAGUUUACUUCAACUAAACCAAAUAUUCCUGAUGAAGCAGAGUUUGUUAUAGCAACACCAUAAAUAAUAGUUCCAGAGAAAUUAGUAUAACCAACUGGAUAAGUGGGUCCAGCAAGACCAUCUAGUGAAGAAAGUUAUUCAUCUGAUGAAGAAGUUUUUGAGCCUGAUUACGAGCCAAUUCAAAAAUAAGUUAAAGUGAAUGAAAAUGAUGGAAUAAGGAUAAAUAGAGAUUCUGCUGAAAAAAAAAAGUAAAAUUUUUAAGAUGAAGAUGAUGAUUAUAUUGAUCCUGCUGCAUUAGCUAGAGAUCCUGCAUUAAGAGAGGCAGUUGAAGCAUAAGCAGCAAAAAGAGCUCUUUUAAAAUUUAAACCAUAAAAUGAAGAAUUGCCUUCUAUGGAACUUUAAAAAGAGAGAUUAGCCACUUUUCCUAUUACACACUAAUUAUUGAUAAAAGGACAUACUAAAUAAGCAACAGCAAUUGGGAUAGAUAAUGCUGGUUCAAGAUUAGUUACAGGAGCAUAUGAUUGUGUAGUUAGAUUUUGGGACUUUUAUGGUAUGGAUAAGAAUACACAUAGCUUUAGAUUGGUUACACCAUAUGAAGGGAAUUAAGUGAAUUAGAUAAGUUGGGCAAAGGAUGGAAAAAAUGUAUUGAUAAUUUGUGCUGAUGCAUAAGCAUGUGUAUUAGAUAGAGAAGGAAAGAGAACUAUGGAUACACAUAGAGGAGAUAUGUAUAUUCGAGACAUUUUAAAAACUAUUGGACAUACUGCAGCUAUAAAUUCUGGUUGUUUUCAUCCAGAUUUUAGUGAUGUCUUUGUGACUUGUAGUGAUGAUGGUACAGUAAGGAUUUGGGAUAUGACUAAAAAACUUUAUGGAGUUGCAUAAUGUUUAACUCAUAAAGAUGCUGUUAAAUGUGUUGAUAAAACAGGUCAUAAAGUAUUAGUACAAUGUGUAACAAUAAGAGGAAGACUUUUGUUAUGUGCUUGUAGUGAUAACACUAUAAAAGCUUAUGAAGUCAAUUAAAAUUGUAGAGAAAUUAAGAAAAGACCAUUAUUUAUAAUACAAGAUGCUCAUAAAGGAUUUGUUACUAAAAUUAAAAUUUUAGCUGAUUAAAAACGAUUUAUUACAUAGAGUGUUGAUAAUACUAUUAAACUUUGGGAAACUACAAAUACUAAUCAUCAUAUUUAUCUAUAAUAUUGUAAUAUUAAUAGAUUUCCACCAACAAGAUUUGAUUUAAAUUUUAAUGAAAGUAUACUUGUAACAGCUCAUCACACUUUUAAAGAUGGAUAUCAUAUAGUAGGACCAACAGAAUUAUUAUUCUUAAAUGUUAAUGAUUUAAGUAUUAAUUGUAGAGUCUAAUUAUUUGAUUAAGCCAUUACAGAAGUUUUAUGGCAUCCAACAUUAAAUUAAAUAUUUUUAGGAAGUGAUGAUGGUCAUGUUAGAGCAUUGUUUAAUCCUAAAUUAAGUUAAAAAGGAGCUUUAUUAGCAACAAAUAGAGCAGUAAAAUUUGUUCAUGCUGAAAAUAUGGAACUUGAAAGACAUGUUUUAAUUCCUGAAAAUUUAUAUAUUUUUAAAGUAAGUGAAACAGUUCAUGGAGGAAUGAAAAUUGUUGAAGAAAAGAAGAGUGUUAAAGAUUAACCAAGAAAGCCUGAACCUCCAUAAAAAGGUCCAGGAAAAGGAGGAAAAAGAUCAGGACCAGCUACAUUAACAUAAAAUUUGAUGAGCACAUUAAAUGAUAGACCAGAAAAAGAAGAUGUUGUUGAAGAAUUAACAAAAUUGGAUGCUAUUACUAAAGCAAAUCCUCAAUAUGUCGCAUAGGCAUAUAAAUAUACAUAACCUGAUUAAAUAUUCGACUACUCUACAAAUUAAUAAUAAGAACACACCUUCUUAUCUUCAAUCAAAAAAAUAUGUCCUCAUUGUGGUAUGAAGAUUUGUGCUUGUAAAAGAAAAGUAGUUUGA